UAGUCCGUCAUCAUCCGUUGUCAGUGCUUUUCGUCGUCGGGCUGAUCUCCGCGUCGUGACCGUCGUUAUUAUUGCGACGCGGUGUCGCGAUAAUAUUCCUUCGCGGGUUUCUUCGCGAUCGAGCGCACGAUUCUAAUUGAAUAACUAUCAGAAGUAUCGAUAAACGGGACGAAAGAACGUCGAUAGAGAGAGAGAGAGAAAGAGAGAGAGGGAAAGUGUCGCGCGGCAAAUACCGUUGAAAAAUCCCGAAACUUGUAUCGGCGCUCGCUCGUGGUGCCACUCGCCACCGUGCGACCAAUAAAUUCUCAUUUUACGACGACGUUAAUCUCGUCCUCGUGCGUAAACUUCCGCGUGCGACGACGUUCCCGUGGACCGCCGCGCCGCUCCCGUGUGACCGAGCAUACGUACGGCCACGCACGGAACACGUAGAAGGAAGUUGCUAAUCAACGUGGACCUUCGUGUGCUGAGCAGGCACGAUGUCGAAAAAUUCAAGUUCCUGGCGGGCCAGCCCCGGCAGACUGGAGGCCCUGUUGGUGCUGAGCCUGUUCCUGCUUCUUGUCUUGCAGCCGGAUCCUUGCCGCAGCUCACCGUCCCACCGUAGGCAUCACGAGCAUGAGCUGCACGCCGCACAGGAGACGUCGUCAGACGCUAGGAGUUCCAGGUCGAGUGAGGAGCUUCCACGACCGGCUGCUGUUACCGGCCACCCUGACGACCCGCUAGUAGUGCACACCAGAAAUGGCAUGAUCCGCGGCAAGUCCAUGGUCGCGACAACCGGCAAGCGCGUCGACACCUGGUUUGGCAUUCCCUACGCCCAGAAACCCAUCGGUCCGCUGAGAUUUCGCCACCCGCGGCCGGUCGAGCGCUGGUCGGGCGUGCUGAACGCGACCACUCUGCCGAACAGUUGCGUCCAAAUUUUCGACACGGUAUUCGGCGACUUCCCCGGCGCCACUAUGUGGAACCCGAACACACCGCUGAACGAGGACUGCCUGUACGUAAACGUGGUGGUGCCGUAUCCCAGGCCUAAGAGUGCCGCUGUCAUGGUAUGGAUAUUCGGUGGCGGUUUCUACUCCGGCUCGGCUACCCUCGACGUGUACGACCACAAGACUCUAGUAUCGGAAGAGAAUGUGAUCUUGGUGUCAAUGCAAUAUCGCGUGGCCAGUCUUGGCUUCCUAUACUUCGGCACGUCUGACGUCCCCGGUAAUGCUGGUCUCUUUGACCAAAUGAUGGCCCUGCAAUGGGUGCGCGACAACAUCGCCGCGUUCGGUGGCAACCCCGAGAACGUGACGCUCUUCGGCGAGAGCGCUGGCGCGGUUUCCGUCUCCAUGCAUCUUCUCUCUCCACUGUCCAGGCACCUCUUCAACCAAGCUAUCAUGCAGUCGGGCUCGCCGACCGCGCCGUGGGCGAUAAUCUCGCGCGAAGAAUCGAUUGUGCGCGGCAUCCGGUUGGCCGAGGCGGUCGGUUGUCCGCACAAUCGCCACAAUCUGCGCGAGGUGAUCGACUGUUUAUUGACGAAGGACGCGGAGGACCUGGUGAAGAACGAAUGGGGCACUCUCGGGAUCUGCGAGUUCCCGUUCGUACCGGUGAUCGACGGUGCGUUCCUUGAUGAAACGCCCCAACGCUCCCUCGUCACAUCGUCCUUCAAGAAGACCAACAUCCUGAUGGGCUCCAACACCGAAGAGGGCUUCUACUUCAUCAUCUAUUACCUGACGGAGCUGUUCCGCAUCGACGGCGCCGAGGAUGUAAAGGUGACACGCGAUCAAUUCAUCAGCGCCGUCUCCGAACUGAAUCCCUACGUGAAUCAAAUUGGCCGUAACGCAAUCAUCUAUGAGUAUAGCAACUGGCUGCAUCCGGACGAUCCGCACGCAAAUCGCGACGCCCUCGACAAGAUCGUCGGCGAUUACCAAUUCACCUGCAACGUCAACGAAUUCGCCGGCCGUUAUGCCGAUAGUAGUACUGUCUACAUGUACUACUAUAAGCAUAGAUCCAGGAAUAAUCCAUGGCCGCGAUGGACCGGAGUCAUGCAUGCCGACGAGAUAAGCUACAUCUUCGGAGAACCGCUAGAUUCAUCUAAGGGCUACACGCACGAAGAGGUGCAGCUCUCAAAGAGGAUGAUGAGAUAUUGGGCGAACUUCGCGAAAACGGGGGAUCCGAACAUUGGCGAGAGCGGGGAACUGACUCUGGCUUACUGGCCGCCGCACACCGCUGCCAAUAAAGAGUACCUGACCUUGGACCUCAACAAUACAGAGAUCGGCAGCGGUCCCAGAGUGAGACAGUGCACUUUCUGGAAGAAGUAUCUGCCUCAGCUGCUCGCCGCUACGUCAAAACUGGAUGCCGGGUCCAAAGAGACAUGCGGCAGUAUGAGCCUCGCUGACUCCGGUGCGACUCGGAUACUCCUGAUCUUGAGCCUGUUAUUGACUGGCCUCACUACUCUGCCUCACAUUCAGCACGACGUCAGAGGUAUCGUUUAGCUCCUGGUUGCCGCCGCCGCCGCCGCUGGAUCGGUGGUCGGCCGUCGAGCCGCCGUCCUAGCCCCGUCGAGCAGCAGAAGCGUCAGCAUCGGCAUUGGCAUCAGCAUCAGCAGCAGCAACAGCAGGGACCCCGGGGGUCCAGAGUGGCUCGAGCUGCUCCACACUGCGUAAAGUCGCGCGCGAGUAAAUCCCGCCUGAGAGAACCGAACAGCAGAUCAGCUUUUCAUGAUCUCUUUCCUCGCGCGCGGCAAAAGACCGGCGGGACUGAUCGAUCGGAAGUGUCGUGACUUACGCGCGCGACUCUCCUUCUGUUCGCUGAAGUUGCGAUCUCCUCCUCGCUCGGUCCUCGCUCGCAACGAAAAAGGAACGCGUAGCCGACGCGCUAUGGAUAGAAUAUUUCCAGGAGGGCUGCUCGCUCUAUUGAUUUUUAUUUUCGCUUUCGCAAAAUCGUCGUUGGAUUGUCGGCGGUCGCGCGCCAGCGGGCCACAAAAACGAAAAAGAACCCUACUGACAUUCUGCCGCGUGUCCCGACAAAGAACGCGCGAGUAGGAUCCGAGGGAACAAUUCCAUUCUCCCCCAUCCCCGGGAAUCGUAUCCCCGGGGUCCCUUGGGCCCAUGUCUCUAGCUAACUAGCUAACUAAGUUAUAUAACACAAGCACCGUUACAACGUAAGUAGAUAUGUAAAAAGGAGAGAAAGAGAGAAAAAAAGAGGGAGAAAAAGAGAAAGAUUGAGCGGGAGAAAGGAGAGUUACUUGCUAGUUUACAGUAAGACAUAAGAAAAAACCGUUAUCACAUAAGGCAAAUGGCAAAAAGAGGAAACAAAAAAAAAACAGAAAAAAGUUAUAAAACGAUUUAUCAGAAGUCUCUACAAAGGACUCUAAACGAUUAUAAUCCCACGCAAUAAUUACAAUAAAGAUAAUGAGAAAUAAUAAUGAUAUUAACGAUAACGGUAAUUAAAAUUAACGAUAAUGAAUAAAUAUAGCAGCACGUGAUAACGGUACUAUUAUUAGGAAUAAUAAUAAUGACAAUUAUAAGUAAAUCAAACAAUCGAUUUCGAAACUAUAGGGAUAGAAAUGACCAUGCGUAACGCGGGGGGGGGGGGGGGAAGACGAAUGCCAACGGAAACAAGAAAAGGAAAGGAGGACAGGAGGCGAAAGAGAUACGGACAAUCCACACUUUCUACGGGAGAAAAACUAAAGAAGGGAAGAAAAUGAACUCGUCGAGCAAACAGAGGAGGCGUAAAAGGAGACGAGAUUCCUCACGCGAUUGAUCUUCAGGCAGAGAGGUAAGACCCUUAAGACAGUUUAUCGAUGUGUUUUCGAUGAAGGAGAAGGAGCGCAAACUUUCGAUCGGCUGACUCGCAAAUACGAAUUACAGAGUCGCCAUUCUUCUCUCUCUCUCUCUCUCUCUCUCUCUCUCUCUCUCUCUCUGUAUCUUCAAGGUGCGUCAAGGUGAGGGGAGAUCAGGCCCCUUUCAACUUUUAAUCUCGAAGCGAUACUGUCUGAAAGAAAUACCCGCAUAGAAAUUUCUUUUGGAUCUAAUUGGGAUCCAGUCCGAUUUCCCAAAAUAAUUAUGGAUUCUAGCGAUAGCGAUAGCGACAGCGACAAAGUUGCCGACAAAGCUACAGUUUAAAUAAGUAAAAACUAUUACGGUUGUUAUCGCAUAUUUUGAGUUGUGUGUAUCAAGGGAAUACCCGUAGAGAGGAUUAACCCGCGCAAUUCUUUGGCCUUAAGACCCGAGUUCUUAACAUCGCAGCCAUUUAUACACAGUUACACACACAUGUACACACAUAUACACAUUUCCGAAUUUGUGAAGCAGCAUGUGAACUGCUGCUGCCUGGUUACCCGGGCUUCGCCCGGGAGU